AGGCGAGAUGGCAGUGCACGUUUUCAAAUGCCUGCGCCGGCCCGGGCGCUAGAAGAGCCAACAGGUAGCAUGAGUUCUGUCAUAACACCUUAUCGUUCAAAUAGAGGCAGGUGGGGUUCAAUACCAGCUUAGGUGGCAGACAUUUUUGGUUUGUGUGUGUGUCUGUGUGAGAGUGAAGACAGUGUAGGAGGGCCAUCCGGUGUUUUGACAGGAGAGUUAUGGAAUAUGUGGAGCCUGACUUGACCCCCGCUGACGCUCCCAGCAAAAAAGGAGGCACCGUGUCCAAGAAGACUCAUUUGACCCAGAUUGAAGUUAUCCCAUGCAAGAUUUGUGGUGAUAAGUCUUCUGGAGUGCAUUAUGGUGUCAUCACAUGUGAGGGUUGCAAGGGAUUUUUUCGGCGCAGCCAACUUCCCACCGUGUCCUAUUCCUGCUCCAGGCAAAGUAAUUGUCAGAUAGACCGGGCCAGCCGGAACCGCUGCCAGCACUGUCGUCUGCAGAAAUGCCUGGCUCAGGGCAUGAGUAGAGAUGCGGUAAAGUUUGGACGGAUGUCUAAACGUCAGCGGGACUCUCUGAUUGCUGAGGUGGAGAGGCACAGACGACAGCAGCAGCAACAACAGCAGCAGCUUCAGGGAGACACUCAGGUGGCGUUGUCCUGUCCCAACAAGAACCGUCAAGACCGCUCCCCCCAACUUCUCCAGCCCAUGCCCACAGCCUACUCCUACACUGGAGACACUGAGCUGCUUUCCUACGCAGCUGAUGUUCAUCCUUACCUUUUGUGCUCUCCCAGUGAUUCACAAGGGUCAGGAAUGAUCUGCCGUGGUCCUGGUGUCUCUCCCUCUUCAAGAUCCCAUUGCAGAGGAGACAAUGGCAGAUUCCCCGAUGUAAGAGGAUUUGAUCCCAGACAUCAAUCUCAUGAUCUGAUGACGAUCCAUCCUUUAAACCCUCUGGAAGAUCCUUACAGUCUCUAUCCUCAUUCUCUGCGAAACAUGGAUGAGCUGUGUGCCAGCAUUGUGCGUUCCCACAGGGAGACCAGCCAGUACAGACCAGAGGAGCUGCAAGCUCUCAGAUGGAAACUGUUCAGCAGGGAGGAGAUCCAAGCCUACCAGAGCAAAACAGUGGAUGAGAUGUGGCAGCACUGUGCCAGCCAACUGACUGAUGCUGUGCAGUAUGUAGUAGAGUUUGCGAAACACAUCCCAGGUUUUCGUAUGCUCAGCCAGAACGACCAGAUUGCCCUCUUGAAGACUGGCUCAAUGGAGGUGGUUCUGGUUAGGAUGAGUCGCUUCUUUAACACAGAGAACAACACUGUGUUCUUUGAUGGGAAAUUUGCUGGACCAGAAGUCUUCAAAUCCUUGGCCUGUGGUGAUUUAAUUGGAGCAGUGUUCGACUUUGCUCAUGGUAUGUGUGCUCUAAAGCUCACUGAACAGCAGAUCGCUCUCUUCGGUGCUUUAGUGCUGAUCAAUGCAGACCGUCCAUGUCUAGAGGACAGAGGUAGAGUUCAGCGAGUGCAAAGAAGUGUGGAGCUUGGACUUACGCACAUUCUACACCAGCACAACCAGGAGAGUCUGAUGCAUAAGCUGUACCAGAGGAUGGCGGUGUUGCGUUCGCUUUGCAGCCUGCACAUGGAGAAGCUGCGCUGGUUCAGUCAGCGAUACCCACUCACUGCCCACUCUCUGUUUCCUCCACUCUACAAGGAGCUGUUUGCAUCUGAGGCAGAGCUGCUGCCUGGGACCACUCACUGAUGAUCUGACAGCUGCAAACUCAAACACACACAUAGACACAAACUAUUUAAAGUUUCAUCAUUACUUUCUGACAGAAUCUAUUUUUCUAAUAAUUAAAACAAAUACGAAAAGCACAGUAAUCACGAGUAUUGGAAAUGACACGACUUCCAAGAGAGCUCAUUUUGUAGAUUAUUUCUAAAAUCAUUUUGAAUAGUUUGACAUUAUUUUGAUUAUUCCAGGAAAAUAUGCAGUUAAUUUUCUGUGAGAGUUUAUUUUCAGCGGAGUACAGGAAUAUUUUUAUUUUCUCAGACUGUUGUUAUUCUAUCCAGUUGUAGCAACUGUGUGUCACAGUGUGUUUAUCCACAGAUUCAAAGAGGCAGGAUGCUCUUCAGUGACAACGGACAUUUAAAGUGAUACCGCCCAAAUAAUCUGUCAAGAUUAUCCCCUCCUAUUAAAAGAAGCAUGAUGCUGGCAAAAUAAGCAAUAUAAAUUAUAGUUAUAGUGUUGACCCUACUUUGCAAACAUUUUAUAAUCCAAAUCUCUGCUGUCUCCUAGUUAUUAAUCCAUAUUUAAAAUAUGACUCAGUUAGUACAAUGUCGCUGCACCGUCACAUUGAAGCUGUUUUUCGUCCUUCUGCUUCCACGCUGUGUUUGUCUUCAAAAGGUUUUGGCUUCAGCAGUGCUUUAAUUCACAUAACACAAAGCUGAAAAAGCCUUGUCUUCAUCAUCCUCCUCACCUGGGCAACAAACAGUCUCUGUCAGUUACCGCCAUCCUGCCUCUUUUUAUCUGCAUUUCUAGAGAAAUGUUUCUCCUCAGGCUGAUGUCACAGAUAGACCAUUAAAUCCAACAGGGAAGCAAUUCCUGUUCCUGUUUCCUCUUAGUUUAGAUAAACCCACACACUUAUAUAUAUUGUUUGAACCUUGGAAGGAUGUUGCAUUAAAUUUAGAAAUUAGAAUCUGUUAACACCUUGUGAUGCAUUAGAAAUCUCUUCCUUUGUGUGCUAACUUUUUGUUUUGUUUUGUUUUGAUUUUUUUUUGGUUUUUUUUUUUCAAUUAACUUUUGUUUUCCCUUUAUGUACUAUAACUGGGUAAAACUGAAGAAACAUUAAGAAGUUUCAGCAUUAAAUACUGUCUGUCUGGAUGUAGUCCUCUGUUUACCUAGAACAGACAUGAUUUUAAUGAUCUUAAUUCCAUAUAAUUCUUUUAAUAAACUCCUGAGGCUGUGACACCAAAUAGAUGUGGGUGU